UGCCUAGGCCCUUUUGAAAAAACCACAUAAUAAAAAACGAUAUUUUGAUGAUCAUGGUUCGUGAAAUCGAGCUAAUACUGUAAAUUUUUUCAACGACCCAACCACUCGGGUCAACCCAUCAACAAUCUUUUCAGAUUAUUCAACAGUUUACCAAGUGUGGAAAUCCCUUCAAGUACUCGCUCAUCCCUACUAUUGAAAAAAUGGACGACGAUUACGGAAUUAAAUUUCUAGAAAGCUUGAUUACCAAAAUUAAAUCUGUUUUGGACACUAUGCAGCUUACGCUUAAAACCAAUACUGUAUCUCUUACCGAAAUGGUUAUAAUGAUCAAUUCUGCACAUACAUUCCUGAACAUAUGGGAGCCACUGGCGAAAACAUGUGCAAGGACAGAUGACGAAGCUGUUUUGUAUCAACACGUUAUGAAUCCUGUGAACGAAGUUUCCGUUGAUAUACCGAAGGUGGAAAAUGUACCAGCAUUUGAAAACCUAUUUUAUCAAUUAGAUAGAUAUAAACCAAAUGUAACAGGUGUAUGCCAUGUGACACAUAUUGAAGAAUCGUUUGACAGAAAUGGACAACCUAUCUUCUACAUGAUUGACCAAACCAUGGACGGUAUUAGAAUGGCCGAGAUAAUAAAAACAUUGCAGAACAUAACGAGUGAACUGCAGACGCCACUUGAUUCAUGUUCAACCGUUUUUGGAAUUGAAAUCGACGGAGUUAUCCUGAGGGCAGUACAUACUGUUGCUGAUGAAUCAUUUAGCUUCGUUAAACUACUCGACACAGGAGAGGUUUUGAAGAUAAACUUGCGGGAAAUGAAGUUGUACGAACUCUCGCCGUUCUAUGCUAAGCUUCCCGCAUUUGCUCUGAAAUGCGUACUCGUUGAUUUCCAAACCGAUUCUUUCACGGGUACUCCUAGAGAAUACCUCCAAUGGAGCUUAUACGAAACCCGUAAAUAUCAGAUUUUCGAUGUUGGUUCUGAUCAGUUAUUGGUAUCUCUCAAAACAUGUUCACCACUAGACCGGGAACUACUGGUAGAAGAAACGCUGCAAAAAAAGAAUGAAUACAAAAUCUCACUAGAUACUCUCGAUCGAGAGCAAUUGGAUGCUCUGUAUGAGGAAACCACUGGUACAAGUAAUGCUAUGAAAGCGGUUCUCGGUUAUGUGCCCAAAGAUGACAGCCGAAUCUGUCCCUUCUAUGAUUCGGAAACAGAACGAUGUUUCAAAGGGUCACAUUGCAAGAAGGAACAUGUUGCAAAAUUGAUCGAUGGGUGGACACGUGAUACAGUACUUCAUAAAAUUCAAAUCCGUACAGCAAUAGAGCAUCCCCAGAUUGGAUCUGAGCAAGUGGUUGUACCAACGUUUGUUGUCCAUGUUGACGAAUUUUAUGCUCAUAUGACGCAAAAAGAUGCAAUAGAAGAUUUCAAUAAUCUUCAAAACAAGCUUAACAGUUAUGAGUUCAAGCGCAAUUAUAAAAUCCUUGAUCAUGAACCACAUUUCCGUGAACUGGUGUUCGCCAAGUCCGGCGACGAUGGGUUGUGGUAUCGAGCAGAAGUGCAGGAAUUCUACAGUUCCGAUCGAAUUAUCGUAUUUUUGGUUGACUUUGGAAACCACGAAACAAUGCGGUUGGAACAGUUGCGUGAGUGGGACGAUCAGUUCGAUUAUUUGCCAUUUCAAGCAAUACACUGCAGGCUGGCGAACGUGAAACGACUACGAGAAAGGCACCCUGAAGCCGUUAUUCAGUUGCGCAACGCUAUUUUGAACAAACCUAUCGUGGUUCGAGUUAUUGAUAACUUUGACCCUUGGGAGGUGGUCGUUCUGGAUCAAGACGGAAACGAUAUCGGAGAAUUUUUGAUCAUGACUAAAUUAGCUGCCAGGCGAAAUCCAGUAGUUAUGUCAAACGUGGAAAACAACUUAGUUCCUCUCUGAUUGUCAUAA